GCAUCACAGCAACAAUCGCAGAGAAGGACGUCCACGCCACACAAACAAGGUAUCUAUCGUUGAAAGGUGUAAGCAGAGAUGAGGCUGGUAAUUUUAGAUGCAUAUUCAGAUGUGAGCAGCUGGUCAGCUCGCUAUAUCAGGAGGAAAAUCGUUGACUUCAAUCCUGGCCCUGAUAAAUUUUUCACUCUGGGACUUCCAACAGGCAGUACUCCUCUAGGCACGUACAAGGAGCUGAUUAAGCUGCAUGAAAAUGGCCAAAUCUCAUUUAAAUAUGUCAAGACUUUCAACAUGGAUGAGUAUGUGGGCUUGCCAAGAGAUCACCCAGAGAGUUAUCACUCUUUUAUGUGGAACAACUUCUUCAAACACAUUGACAUCAGACCAGAAAAUGCUCACAUCCUGGAUGGAAAUGCUUCAGACCUGGAAAAGGAAUGUGCUGAAUUUGAACAGAAAAUAAAAGAUGCUGGAGGAAUUCGCCUGUUUGUUGGAGGUAUUGGGCCGGAUGGUCACAUCGCCUUUAACGAGCCUGGCUCCAGUCUGGUUUCUCGCACCAGGGUAAAGACUCUGGCUCAGGAUACGAUUCUUGCAAAUGCCCGAUUCUUCGGGGGAGAAUUGAGCAAAGUACCGACCAUGGCAUUAACAGUGGGGGUGGCGACCGUGAUGGAAGCUGAUGAGGUGAUGAUUUUGAUAACUGGUGCUCACAAAGCCCUGGCUCUUCACAAGGCCAUAGAGGAGGGUGUGAACCACAUGUGGACAGUAUCAGCCUUCCAGCAGCAUCCGCGUACCAUCUUUGUGUGUGAUGAGGACGCCACUCUCGAACUCAAGGUGAAGACGGUCAAGUACUUCAAGGGCCUGAUGAACAUUCACAAGAAGCUUAUAGACGACCCGUUGGAGAAACAGAAAUAGUUUCCACUAGUCUAGACACUGUUACAGAUACAGUGUGUUGUAGCCGAGAGGGUACGAGGUACAUAGAGACAUUUAGUCAUUGUGGUAUGAUUUUGUAAGUGGAUUACUUCCUCCUGUUCCAGAUCUGGGAAAAUCACAUUCCAUGAUUUAUACAAAAAUGCUUGGGAAAUUUAACCAUAUGAUGUAUAUACUGGUACAUGAUGUACAUUUAUACAUCAUACCUAAGUACAGCUAUUAGCUAUGAUCUGCAACACUUCCAGACAUUUACUUUGACAGACACUAUUUUAAAUGACAAUCAUAAAUGAUAAUUCUGUUACUCUAGUCUGUUAACUGUGUUAAUCCUGUUGCCACAUGCUUAGGGAAAGAGGUUUCUUCUUGUAUCAAGUCCACGCUGUUUAUCCUGCUCGUUGAAACAGUGGACAGGUUACAUCUCUAGUCAGUGGAGCAUACAUGCAAGUAUGGAUUUAGUUUUAGUUGUACAACAUGUAAUGUCUCUUUCUUCUCCCGGUUCAUAACUUUAUACGCAAUUGUUAGACGUCAAGGAUUCCUCUAGAACAUCUACCAGGGUAAUGUGUUGGUGUUUUAUGAUUUGUAUGAACAUGUGGCUAAUUAACUUACCCUCAUUCUCAUUUUGUUAUUGUGGUAUUAUCUGAAUUAGUACCAUUUUAAAAUUUUUGAUAGUUUUAUUUAUUGCUCAGUACCUUGAUAGAUUUCUCUAUGAUGUACAUGUAUCCCUAUUUCUGUUAUAGUCAGUUUAUGGGGCCUAUACAUUGUAACGUGUCUGGACAGUGGUAUUUUGUUAUUUCAGUGCUUGUAUUAUUUCUUUGUGGCAUAAUCGUAGUUUGCUCAUUUCUUGUCAGUUGCUCAUUUGAUCCCACCUCUCUAGUUAGGCCUAUAACUAGCUCUGCUCACAUGACAAAUUCUAUUCAGACAUGGGUUUCAGUGUACUGCUCAUUAUUCUAUUAUAUCUCACUACUGAGGUAAAUCUAUCUCAC